AUAAGUCCGCAUGAUGAUAAAAGAUACUUAUUACCUCAUAGCACAGACACUUUGUUUUUGAGGAACUAUUGAGGAACAGAUGGCGCUGGCUGUAAUUCAAAUGGAGGGGGAUGAAAAAAUGGCUGAUACAAGAGAAGAAAGAGUGGGGAGAUGGAAGUGGAGAAGGGGUAUGAAGCGACCAAUACUGAAGAAGAAAGCGAGAGAGCAAUGGAGAGAGGGAACGAAGUGACCAAUGAAAACAGUGCAGCACGAGUGGGGGUGACACUUUAUAGCGAUACAGGUGAACAAAUCAUUAUCGAAUACGAUGUUUGUGAGGAGCUAAUGCACGAAUGGAAUCCAUCGAUGGAGGGGGCAUCUUCCGAUAGAAGGGAUAUUCUACAAGAGGCGAUGGAAGGGGCAGACAUCAUGGUGGGGAAUGGGCUAUAUCAACCGACGCAGCACGGUGAAGAGCACAUUCGAGCAGUCGAGCUUGAAAAUUACCUGCCUUUGGAGAAGAAACCAAGACUCACUUAACAUUUCCAAAAUGGAUCUAUCUGCACUUAACAAAAUUGCUGAGCGCGAGUUCUUGCCCAAGAAGAAAGCCACGGACUUAGAAAAAGAUCAUGCAUACAUGGUGACUGCGCUCAAGGAAGUAAAGACGAGAUUCGGCACGAAGAUCGUGGCCGAGAUCGAUGACAGCUUUCAAAUAUUUCUUCCAGAAAAGAUCUCAUCAGCAAUCUUGAAAGAUCAAGAACUUUUCAAUAAUCUCUCUAACACAGCAAAUAAACUUAGUUUAUUUAUAACAUAUUAG